CACUGGUUUAAAAUAUUUUUGUUGUGGCGUCAUUCCCAAUUCGUUUGGCAAAUGUGGUUGCAUUUUAUUGUUUUUCUCUAUUUUGUGCGUAACUCACAAUUUCGUCACUGAUAAAAACAAAUUGCCCAAACUAUAAUAAUAUAACAUAAAUAUAUAGAAAUGGCAGGGACAUCACAAAAAUAUAGAAAUUUUGUUGCUGAACCCAUGGGGGAUAAGUCUGUGACAGAAUUGGCAGGAAUUGGAGAAACGCUGGGAGGACGUCUUAUUGAGGCGGGAUUUGAUAAGGCUUAUACCGUAUUAGGUCAGUAUUUGAUAUUGAAAAAGGAUGAAGAAUUGUUCAAAGAUUGGAUGAAGGAAGUAUGUAAUGCGAGCUCAAAGCAGGCAUCGGAUUGCUACAACUGUCUGAACGAUUGGUGUGAAGAGUUCCUGUAAAUAUUGUAUGGUGACUUUGUCACGCUAUUUUAAUUAUUUAUAAUUAUGUUUGCGUUAGCGUGAGACCACACCUAGAAACAUUAUUAUUUAAAGAAUUUUUGUAUGAAUAUAAAUUUUAUAAGUAACAUCUAAAUGUAAUUUAUAACAAAGAAGAAAUGUCAUAACUAACGUAAGAUGUAUAGAAAGGUUUGUAAACCUAAAGAUUCUCUCAAAUAUUGCAUUUCAAUACUAAUUAGUGCAAUUGUUUUUUGCACCGAGUAAAUGUUUGUUCAACCGGUAUAAUAUAUAAAUAAAGAAAAUCAAGGUUUCGCUUUA